CAGAAUCAUGAAAUGGAUACAGCUGCACCAGCCGUUCCUACACUUGACUUUCAUCACCAAAUGUCGAAUACAGCAAUUCUAAUCCCUGAAAGAUCAUUAUAUGUUGGUAUAAAGCAAACAUACUUAUUAACGCUACGAAAUUUGACCUGUAAACCUGUGUCCUAUGCCUGGGGACUACCACCAGAGAAAGAUGGGUGUAGAAUGGAAGUAUAUUUCAAUCCAAAGGAGGGUUUGAUUCCUCCAACUGACACAGCUAUGAUCGAAGUGAUCUGCUUGCCGACGAACACUGGGGUAAUUGAGGAUUUGUAUAUCCCGUGUUUUGUCGGGGGUCGCCAAGAUCCCAUUAUGCUUGGAAUUCAAUGUACCAUUGAUGCCUUGUUUGUUACUUUUCUUUUUUUACCGCCACCGAACGCCAUCCCAUCUCCAUGUGUUGAUUCAAUACGUGUUGAGUGGCACAAAGCUGGUCACACAUCUGCACUUAAUUUAAACAACUUGAAAAUGAAUCGACAUUCCAAAAUUGAAGAGGAACAGGAAUUGAAGAACAUAAAUUUGGAUGCUGGACAGGUAAUCGCAACUACUGCGGUUGGCCCAGAAAAUGUAGAUAUCGACAAUACAUCACUAGUCCCGUCUAUUGAAAAUCCAUCUCCACCGAAACAAAAACUUGAUCAUCACAAUAUAUUCCAGAAAAAUGAGAGUGCUGAAGUACAAAACAAAUUUGUUAAAGAAAUGAAACUUGAAAAUAGCAUUACAUUAACUGCUGAAUCCGAAAACGAGGAUUUAUGCGAACCGCGAAGCUGGGAAAGCUUGUUGAAAGGCAUCGUUUGGACGGUCGACAGACCUGAUGAAUUUAUUUCUCUACGUAAACCACAACCCAUAGUCCCUUUUUAUAAAACAGUUGUUCCUCCCAUUAUGCAACCUUUGGCAAUAGAAUUUACUAACUUGCCUUUACGAACAGUGGAAAAAAGAACAUUCGUAAUCCGCAAUGAAACUCCAGCUGCAUCAACAUUUUCUCUAUCUUCAAAACAAUUUGGCCCUACUAAGCAUACGAAAGAAUUGGAACCAGAGGAUGUAAUUAAUUCUACAUAUGCCACUGUAAUGGGGCAUAAAUCAAAGAAUUAUUGGGACGACAUUAAGCCACCAGUCCAAGGCAUUGUUUUGGUAAUAGAACCAACGGAUGGUCCUCUUGCUCCUUACGAAACAGUUCCUGUUGACAUUUACGUCUACGCUGACACUUGGGGAGUUUACAUUGACGAAAUUGUGGUAUCUAUUGCUGGCUUGCCUGAUUAUAUCUUUGGUGUUUGUAUCGAAGUUAUUGGAUCACCUGUAACAUACCCUAUCUGUAAAAAUGGAAUACAUGAGACACCUACAGUGAGAUUUGGAACUGUAAAUUUUGAGACCGAGAAAGUAACACGAAGAAUAAUAGUUGAAAAUACAAGCACUGUAAUGCUCGCCAUAAAUUGGCAGAGUUAUGUGAUUGACUCUGAGGUGACCAAGGAUUCUAUACCUUUCAACAUCACCUUGCAAAUGUUUAGCCCACUUGCAAAUGAAAUUUCCAACCCAACGUGUACAGACUUGAUAAAGACUUCCGAUUCGGAGAUAGAAAAGUCAGAACAAGAUAUACUGGAUUAUGGCAAAUGUGAUAGUCUCAGAAGUUCGGUGACGGUUGAAAGUAACUUAUUUCAAUCCCAAGAUGAAACUCCUUGGACUCAAGCUUCAUGCUGUUAUGAAAGUCUUGCAUCACGUAAUAAGGUUUUCUGUCGGAAUACAGACAGUAAUUUGGAAAUUAGUGUUGGAACAAAUAAUUGUAACAAGGAUUCUGUGGAGUACAUUACUGAAACUGAACUAACAACAAUCGACUGGAGUGAACAAACUGUUGAUAGAGAAACUGAUCUAGAAAUCGCCAUGACACCUUACUAUGGAACCCCAGACUAUUGUGUGUUCAGAGUAACUCCGCCAGAACUAGUUAUACCAGUUAAGGGGAAACAGUCUUUACAAAUUACUCUGAACAUUGGUCAAUUUCCAAUACAAAAUGGUGCGAGUGAAGUUCGUGGCCGUCUUGUGGGGUUCAUACGAAUUGCACCUAUGCACAAGUACAAAGCCGAUUGUUACUCCCGUAAUGACGGUGCAAUGCUCAUACCUACUGAAAUAAAGCUGGAAGCUAAUAUUCUGCAACCAGUGGUAACAAACGAAGAUUCCUACACUGAAGGAAGUUUCAACAUUUUUGAGAAUUGAAGUCCCUCAAAGUCAGUUAGUUGUUAUGCAUUCUCAUUAUUCACAAUGAAAUGACAGUAACGCUUGCAAAGUAUUGCCAGCAGGAUUAAAACAACGUGUGGCCGCAAUUGCUCAAAGUGAUCAAAAUUAGAGCAAUUCUUCUAAACAUAAAUUGUCAACAAAACAUCCACUU